UUCAUCCAACAACAACUAACAAAGAAACAGUUCAAAGAAAACAUGGCAACUACUUCCACACAAUACAUGGAAAACUUCCACUACUCAAGAAGACUACUCCUGGAGGCCGCCAUGGCUCCGCCUCCGGCAGCAGCCGGAAUCAGCCACAAACCAAUUGGACACAACAACAACACAAUUGAUGCAAAUGUUAUAAUGGUGUUGGCAGUACUUGUAUGUGCCUUAAUUUGUUCACUUGUCUUGAACUCCAUCAUAAAGUGUGCAUUUAAGUGCUCCAGCCUAAUAUUGGCAGACUCAUCCUUAAACCAUACAAAUAACCCUUCUUCACCAAAGCUAGCCAAUAAAGGGAUCAAGAAGAAAGCACUCAAGACAUUCCCAGUUAUAACAUACACUACUGAAUUGAAACAUCCAGGGCUUGGCACUGAGUGUGUCAUUUGCUUAUUUGAAUUUGGAGUUGGAGAGAAAGUUAAGGUUCUCCCAAAGUGCAACCAUGGUUUCCACGUCAAGUGUAUUGAUAAAUGGCUCAAUUCACACUCUUCUUGUCCUACUUGCAGGCACUGCCUCAUUGAGACUUGUCAAAAAAUUGUUAACGGCGUCAAUUCUUCUGGUAAUACUUCAUCAGCAGCAGCUCCAGUACAAGAAAUUAUGAUAAGUAUUGAACCUCUUCAACGUGAAGGUGUUAUAUCUAACAAUCAAAAUUAGAUAGAAAAAUAGGAGUAGUAUGUAGACCUUAGUUGAUUGGUAUGUAUCGAACACACUCAAUUCGAUUAGAAGCUUAGCGAGCUAGCAUGAGGCCAAACGCCAGUGUAGUUUUCUAAUGAUUCAUUACUCUUGCAAGUGUAUAUAAAAAUUAAAUUUUAUUUC